AUGGGUAUUAUUGACGGCUAUUCCAUGAUGAUCAUUUCUCAACAGUUUAAGACCAUUAAUGACUUCAUUAACAUUGAAUUUGUAUGCAAGAAGUAUGCCAAUAAUAUGGCAAAAUUUCAUUAUAACCCCAUAUCUCUCACACCAAAAACAAGACGUUUUUUUCCAAAUUUGAACACACUUCAUUUGUAUACAAAAAACGAUUUAUUAUUUACAAACUUAAACAUUACAUCGCAUCAAGUUGAGUUUAAAACCAAAUUGAAAUCUUCUGAUUUUGAAGAAAAAACGCUUUGUGAUAUUUUAGAUAGAGCAUUUCCUACGACAUAUCACAGAAUAUGUUACAGUGGAUACAAUGAUGAUGAUAUUGUGACUAUCCCCGAUGGUGUUCAAAGUCUUUCAAAAUGGUGUUUAGAGUUGUGUAAUGCAAAGACAAUUAACAUCCCACAAAGUGUAGUGGAGAUUGGAAGGUCGACGUUUGAGUGUUGUAACAUGGUAGAGCAUUUGUACCUCCCUUCACACCUUACGAAACUAAGUGCGGCGUUCACAUAUGUCUACAAUUUGAGAGAUCUUGUGAUACCAUCACUUGUGACAUAUCUUCACUGUGGACUUUUUGUAAACUGCACGGAACUUACUAAAGUCGAAUUUUCAAGUGAUAUCACCACACUUCCUGAAUACCUCUUUUAUUCAUCAGGAAAAGGAAAAUAUGAAGUGCCUAAUACCAUCACAAAGAUGGAUGAUUAUGCUUUUGCUGAGUGCAAUUGGAAGACUGUUAUUGUACAUGAAAGCGUGACUGAUUUCGGCAUAGGGAUAUUCAAAAAUGCCCGUGUCGAACUUGUUGAACUUCCAAACAGUUUGUCUGAAUUUGGAGAUGAAAUGUUCUGUGAAUGCACUUUUUUGACAAAAAUCAAUUUACCACCACACCUGACAAGAAUUGGUGCAAAAUGUUUUGUUGAAUGCAGUGAUUUAAAAGAGAUAAAAUUGCCAACUACAAUUCAAACAUUAGACGACAGCUGUUUUGGAGAUGUUGAAGUCAAUAACAAAUUUUCGGAAUUAAAAAAUCUAAAAGAAGUGGGUGGAGAUGUGUUAUAUAAAUUCCAUCCCACAUCUUUUGUUAUUCCUGAUAAUUACAAAGUGGCAAAUUGGUUGUUUGAUAAUUGCAAAGAGCUUACAGCAGUUACUUUUAAUCAAACAAUUUGUGAGUUGAACAACACGUUUUGUUGUUGCGAAAGACUCAAAAAAAUUGUGAUACCUGUAACUAUCACCAAAAUCGGUGAUUCGUGUUUCUUAAAUUGUUCUUCUCUCACGCAAAUUGAUCUUUCAAACACUAUUUGUGAACUUGGAGAUUUAGCAUUUGAAAAUUGCGUGUCAUUAAGUACUUUGUCACUUCCAAAAAACGUCACGAAACUUGGAAAGAAGUGCUUUAAAAAUUGUGGAGUACUUUCACAUAUUGAUACAAAGUAUAUCAAACAAAUCGGCAAGUCGUGUUUUAAAAAUUGUAAACAACUUGGCACAAUUAAUGUAGAAUUAACAACAGAAUUUGAAAUGUCAUGCUUUUCACAUUGCAAUUUGAACGAAAUUGUUUUUCCGAAUGAUGUGAUAAAAGAAUUAGUAGAUAUAAAUGAAAAAACGUAUAAUAAAGAAACAAUUAUUACGAAUUUUGGUAUAAAGAUGUUUAUGUCAGCAACUUCUCUGCUGUCCGUCACAUUGCCAACAAACAUUGAAGUUCUACCAGAAAAGAUGUUUUAUGGGUGUAUCGCACUUUCAUCAAUUAAAAACACCAAUCACAUCACCGAACUUGGCGAAUCAGCUUUUGAAGAAUGCGGCAGUCUCUCUCAAAUUCAUUUAGAAAAUGUUGUUAAGUAUGGAAAUAGUGCACUUAAAGGAAUUAACAUCACACAAAUUGACAUCAACACACAAACAACACGACUUGGUUACUUAUGUUUCUCAAACACGCCAAUUACUCACAUUGAAAUACCACAGGCAGUUAGUGAGAUGGGAAAUAUUUUGGUUAAUUGCAACAAACUUGAAGAAGUGACUUUUCACAAUGAUAUGGUAAAAAGUGUUACAUUUGAAGGGUGUAUGUCUCUUAAAACUGUCACUUUAGGAGGAGACAAAAACACCAUCAACAAUAACAUAUUCAAAUCGUGUUGGUUCUUGGAAAAAGUUGUUAUUGGUGGUAAUAUCACUAAAAUUGGUGAAUCUCUUUUUAAACAGAAAUUUGAAUUAAAAGAAGUCGAAUUUCCGUCUACGUUAAUAUACAUCGAAAGUGAAGCUUUUUCUGAAUGUGAAAAACUACAAAAGUUGGUGAUUGUCAAGGCGUUCAGUACAUUUCAAAAAAUGCUUUUUACAACUGCAAACGUCUAA